AUGGAUAUGGAUUUCAAUGGUGACGUGGCGAGUCUCGAUGCUGAAAUGCUGCAGCUGCCGGAUGUGUCUCCCUUGGCUAUUAAAGCUAACCCUCAUGUGGCCGAGAAGCUUUUUGAUCAAUGGCUUUCGCUCCCCGAUACUGUAUCUCUGGUAAAAUCUUUGCUCGGUAAUGCUAAGGCAGGUGGCCCCUUGAAUGUCUCUGGGACAUCAUCUGGUACAAAUGCUGUGGCAAGCAACACAUUGCCAUCAAUGUUUACCGCUGUAAGUACACCUCCACUUUCACCAAGAAGCUCAGCGGGUUCACCCCGGGUAAUGAAACAGAGAACAGGCCCAUCUGCUUUAGGAUCUCCCCUGAAAUUAGUGAACGAGCCUGUGAAAGAGCUUAUACCUCAGUUCUAUUUUCAAAAUGGUUGUCCUCCGCCAAGUGAAUUGAAAGAACGGUGCUUGUUUAGAAUCAAUCAGUUUUUUUAUGGUCACGUGGACGGACUCCAAAUGAAUGAAUUUAAACCAGUUACUAAGGAAAUUUGCAAGCUUCCGUCGUUCUUCUCCACUGUGCUUUUUAGAAAGAUUGACUCUGAUGACACUGGAGUUGUGACAAGGGAUGCAUUUGUCAAUUAUUGGAUUAAUGGCAACAUGUUGACUAAAGAUAUACCAAUGCAGAUAUACACAAUCUUGAAGCAGCCAGAUCUCAAAUUCUUGAGUCAGGACGACUUCAAACCUGUGCUUCGAGAACUUUUAGCAACUCAUCCGGGGUUGGAGUUCUUACAGAAUACACCUGAAUUUCAAGAACGAUAUGCUGAAACUGUGAUAUACAGAAUAUUUUACUAUGUGAAUAGAUCGGGCAAUGGCCGCCUUACCCUCAGGGAGUUAAGACGUUCAAACUUAAUAUCUGCAAUGCAACAUGCUGAUGAAGAAGAGGAUAUCAACAAAGUCUUGCGGUACUUCUCUUAUGAACAUUUUUAUGUGAUAUAUUGUAAGUUUUGGGAGCUGGAUACAGAUCAUGAUUUUCUAAUCGAUAAAGAGAACCUCAUUAGAUAUGGUAAUCAUGCACUCACCUACAGGAUUGUUGAUAGAAUAUUCUCUCAGAUUCCCAGAAAGUUUACCAGUAAAGUUGAAGGAAAGAUGGGAUAUGAAGAUUUUGUUUACUUCAUAUUGUCAGAAGAGGAUAAGUCAUCUGAGCCCAGUCUUGAGUAUUGGUUCAAGUGCAUAGAUUUGGAUGGAAACGGAAUUAUUACAAGGAAUGAGAUGCAGUUCUUUUAUGAGGAGCAGUUACAUAGAAUGGAAUGCAUGGCCCAAGAGCCUGUGCUUUUUGAGGAUAUUUUGUGCCAGAUAGUUGACAUGAUUAGUCCAAAGGAUGAGAGCUAUUUUACGCUGCGGGACUUAAAGGGCUGUAAACUCUCAGGCAGUGUUUUUAAUAUCCUUUUUAACCUCAAUAAGUUCAUGGCUUUUGAAACUCGUGAUCCAUUUCUGAUCCGUCAGGAGCGCGAGAACCCAAAUUUGACCGAAUGGGACCGCUUUGCACACAGAGAAUAUAUUAGGCUGCUCCCUUUUAAAUUCGGUUUGGUGUUUAUAAUGAAUUCUUUGUUUCAAGCUGGCUAUCAAGCAGAAAACCAAUAG